AUGGUCACUCCUCCAUCUGACUUCUACGGUCCAGGGGACUAUCCCUUUGAUAGCCAAUCUUGGCGCCAUCAACCGGAAAAUGGAUCUUCACAUGGGCACACGAACGGACUAAACGGCACACACCCAGAGCCAACGCCUCCACCAAAAACAAUGCCUAUUGCUAUCGUGGGCAUGGGCUGCCGCUUACCUGGCAAUGUGUCAAGCCCUGCAGAAUUCUGGGAGCUGUGCUCCCGCGCCCGAACUGGCUUCGGUCCAAUCCCAAAGGAUCGCUUCAACCAUGAUGCAUACUAUCAUCCAAAUGCAGGAAAGAUGGGCUCAUAUCAUGCUCAGGGUGGAAACUUCCUGACGCAUGUUGACCUAAAGUCAAUGGAUGCACCCUUCUUUGGCUUGACCGAGAAAGAAGCCGUCUCAAUGGACCCUCAACAGCGUCUACUACUUGAGUGCACCUUUGAAGCGCUUGAGAAUGGGGGCAUCCCAAAGCACUCCAUCGUGGGCCAGGAUGUGGGUGUUUUCGUUGGCGGGAGCUUGGCUGAGUACGAGCACCAAAUGGCCCGCGACAUCGAUUCUAUGCCCAUGCAUCAAGCCACUGGUUGCGCCCAGGCGAUGCAAUCCAACAGGAUAUCGCACUUUUUCGACCUACGUGGUCCCAGUUUCACUGCCGACACAGCAUGCUCAGCAAGUCUUGUUGCGCUUCAUCUCGCGUGCCAAAGCAUGAGAGCCGGAGAGUCCACCCAUGCCAUUGUUGGGAGUUGCCAUCUCAACAUGCUACCAGAGUUCUGGUCUUCGUUUUCUUCGAGUAGAUUACUUUCUGACUCGGGACGAUCCAUCGCAUUCGAUGGGCGGGGCACCGGAUUCGGAAGAGGCGAAGGUUGUGGUGUCAUCGUUCUAAAGCCUCUCGACGAAGCUCUGAGAAACAACGAUAUUAUCAGGGCUGUCAUCCACGGCUCGGGAAUUAAUCAAGAUGGCAAAACACCAGGAAUCACAAUGCCCAACGGUCUUGAACAAGAACGGCUCAUCAACAAGGUUUACAGAGAUGCUGGCAUCUCGCCAGCAGACUGUGGUUUUGUAGAGUGCCAUGGCACUGGCACCAAAGUUGGGGACCCCAUUGAGGCCACCGCUAUUCAUAAUGCCAUUGGCCAAGCCGCCGUUAUCAAGGCUGUCAUGAUGCUUGAACGAGGGUUCUUACUUCCAAACCAUGACUUCAAGGAGCCGAAUGAGAAGAUUCCGUGGAAAGAAUGGAACUUGAAGGUUUUGAAACGCCAACAACCUUGGCCAAAGGCCAAGAAAUACAUCAGCGUCAACAAUUUUGGGUUCGGCGGCACCAAUGCACAUGUUGUGUUAGGCAAGGCCCCUUCCAUCCAGAAGCCUCAGCCUCCCAAGCCCAGCCAAGAAAUCCCAAAACAACAAAACAUGUCCAUGCUACGCCUUUUCACAAGCGCGCAGUCAGCGAAAGCCAAGGACUCUAAACUAGUCAGCCAGAGCAACACAAAAUUAUUCAUAAUGACAGCCAACGACAAAACAUCGCUGUUGUCAGUCAUGAAAAGGAUGGUCGUGUACCUGGAGCAAAGACCAGAAAUCUUCCAGAAGGAUUUGAUGGACAACUUUGCGUACACGCUCGGCCAAAGACGCUCACUGCUUCAGUGGCGAGCUGCUAUCGCUACCGACACUUCAUUUGACUUGAUCGAAAGUAUCAACAGCGACAAGGUUGUUCCUUGCAAACAGUCUGCAGAGAAGCCCAGAUUAGGUUUCAUCUUCACCGGGCAAGGUGCACAAUGGCACGCCAUGGGUCGGGAGCUCUACCAUCAGUACCCCAUCUAUGCCGCCAGUAUAGACCGCUCGGAUGAGUGCCUUCGCGAACUUGGUUCGGACUGGUCACUCAGUCAAGAACUCUUGGAGAGAGAUGCCAAGAGCACAAAGGUUGGAGAGGCACACAUUAGUCAGCCCUCAUGCACAGCUGUUCAACUUGCUCUGAUCGACUUGUUGCGUUCUUGGGAUGUAGAACCAGUUGCCGUUGUCGGACACUCUAGUGGCGAGAUUGGAGCGGCCUACGCAGCGGGCCUCCUCUCUUUCGAGUCAGCCAUGGCAGUCGCUUACCACCGAGGUCGUUUGGUGCCUGUCCUGAAAAGGAGACAUUCCGGCCUGAAUGGAGCUAUGAUGGCGGUGGGAGGGACUCCUUCAGAGAUCCAGCCUCUUAUCGAUGACCUCACGAACAAUGCAGACAUCGAGGGCAAAGUAUCAGUAGCAUGCUACAACAGUCCUUCCAGCCUUACAAUAUCCGGGGAUUCCCCCGCGUUGACAGCGCUGGAAGACAGGCUGAAGUCAGAGCACCCAGACAUGUUCUGUCGACGGCUACAGGUCGAUACCGCAUACCACUGCCAUCAUAUGAACAUGAUCGCCGAGGAAUAUCGAGAAUCAAUUGUCCGGAAGAUGCAACAGAGUUCUCAACAGAGUUCUCAACCCCACAGCAACGAGCCACCACAAUUCUUCUCUUCUCUUCAUGGUCAUAGAGUUGAUGGUCUUGAGUGCGCUCAUGCAGAGUACUGGGUCCGCAAUCUGACCAACCCAGUUCGCUUCUCGGAAGCACUCGACCACAUGGUAAAGGAGGCAGACUUGGACAUGCUUGUAGAGCUCGGUCCCCAUUCCGCCUUACAAGGGCCAGUCAAGCAAAUCCUCAAGGCCACAGCUACAUCGGCCAACGGGGACAAUAGCGCUUCACCUAAUCGCGACUUUGCCAAAUUGCCUUAUGCUUCGGCGCUGGCAAGAGGGAAAAACGCAGUGCAAACUACCUUGGAUCUGGCAGGCAAUCUGUUCACGCGCGGUGCUUUCGUGAACAUGGAAGCCAUCAACUUUCCAAGCCAUAACCACCACAGUGCUAAUGGCAAGCUGCCAUCGCUGCUGACGGACUUGCCGACGUAUCCGUUUAAUCACCAGCACAAGUUCUGGCACGAGCCACGACUCGCACAUUCGCAUAGGUACCGUGGUGAUUCGGCCCACAAUGACCUGAUCGGCCUCGAGGCUAUCUACUCCAACGAUCUGGAGCCGACUUGGAGGAACAUCGUUCGCCUUGACGACUUGCCUUGGCUCCGCCACCAUGAGAUCCAAUCGGUAACCAUCUUCCCCAUCUCUGGCUACGCUGCCAUGGCUCUCGAGGCAGUGUCAAAGUGGUGCCAGAAGAGAAACCUUCGGGAGCAAGUCAUUGAGUUUGAGUUGAAAGACGUCGAUGUCCUCAAGCCGUUGGUGUUCUCUGGCGGUGACUCUGACGUGGAGAUGACGGUAUCUCUCAAGCCAACCGACCCUCGAGACCCUGACGCCUGGUUAGAGUUCCAAAUUUGUUCCUGGGUGCAGGAUGCCGGCUGGACAAGACACUGCGUUGGUCUCGCUGCCGCGCAGCUUCGAGCUGCCGAGGAAAACGGAGCGAAACAGGCAAAGCUUUCGGGAUCAUCGUUGAAGCGGGAAAUCAGCGAAGAGCUCGAGUUUGGCGACAGUCCUGCUUCAUUCGAUUGCGAGCAAAUGUACGCACAGCUCUCAGAUCUUGGCGUCUCCUACGGCCCAUCCUUCCAAGGAAUCAAGACGGUCAACUCUACACUGCAAUGUUCUGCAGGCGAUAUUGCCGUCAUUGAUGUUGCCCACGACAUGCCUAGUGAGCGUGUGUCGUGCGAGAUUAUUCAGCCAAAUUUGCUUGAAGCCAUCAUUCAGAUGUACUGGCCAGUUGCUUUAUCAAAUGGGGCCGGCCAGGGACUUGAUGCGACUGUCUAUCUGCCUUCUUCUAUUGGCAGAUUGAGAGUCUCGAACGACCUCGUGUCACUGGCCAAAGAGCCUGGAACAACAUUCCAAACGUAUUGCAAGGCCGCCUUCCCACUUAUGAGUAUUGGAGAACAGCCUCGGCCAAGCAAGGCUUCCAUUGUUGCAGCAGCGUCUUCUUCUCAAGCAAACGGCAAAAAGUCAACCUCCGAGUACUUGAUACAAGUUGAUGAUCUCAAGGUUUCUCCUGUAGCUGGUGGAGAAGCCCACGAGGAGAAUAGUCUCACAAAGGCGCCCCGAGAGCUUUGCUACAAGCUUGAGUGGGAGCCUGUUGAAGCGCAAGACUCAUCUUUGAUGAAGUUCGAACAGGAGCUUGUGAUCAUUCAUGCAACUUCAAAAUACCAACAUGUUCUGUCUCAGACUCUGUCUGACGCUUUAUAUCGAGCGACAUCACGGCGUGCGAUCACGGGCCCUCUGGGCGAGGUCGAGUGCGAGGGCAAGGUCGUGAUUGUUCUUGACGAAAUCGAUCAUCCCUUCCUCGCAAAUCCAACUGAAUCCCAAUUUCAGAAGCUGAAAAGCGCCCUUCUUGGAGCUGGCGAUACCAAGCCGCCACAUGGCGUGCUUUGGGUGACCAAUGGAGCCGCUCAGCCGGACUCCGGAAUGAUCACUGGCCUCAGUAGGACUGUUCGCUCGGAGACUCUACUGCCGUUUGCAAGUCUCGACCUCGAGAGCAGUGAGGAGAAAAAGGCAGUUGAAUCCAUCCUCUCUGUUGUAGGUCUCGUCUUUGGCUCCUUCGCAGAUGGGCCAGAAAGCCGGGACAGCCAUGAGCUUGAGUUCAUGUGCCGCAAUGGCACCGUCCUUACGCCACGGAUCGAAAAUGACGAUUCAAUGAAUGGCUAUGUCCAGAGAAAGUUGGAUCCAAGCAUACCGGAGCUGCAAUCAUUUGGAAAGGAUGCUCGGCUCCUGAAGCUCAACUACGGCGGCUUAUCCAGACAUUCGACUGGCAAUCUGCACUUCAUUGACGAUGACUCUGUUGACGAGCCUCUCUCACCAGAUGAGAUUGAAUUCGAAGUCAAGGCGAUCGGAACUAACUCCUCGGAUAUCGAAGUUGAUGCGAAUCCUGCGGGUCAUCAACUUGGAAUCGAAGCAUCCGGAAUCGUGACUCGGGUGGGUAAUAAGUCCACCAAUUUCACGCCAGGUCAGCGCAUCGCUUGCUUGGCGCUUCCUGUUCCAGGCCGACACGGUAGUGGCAUGUACAGGACUCGUGCACGAUCUUCCUCUGCCACUGUUGUCCCUAUACCGUCGACCCUGUCGUUUAAGGAUGCCGCCGCGAUGCCUUUGGCGUACUGCACCGCCUACUACGCAGUCAUGACACAGGCUCGUGUUCAAGAAGGACAGAGCAUUCUCAUCCAGUACGGAGACAAUUCCGACGCUAUUUCCGUCGGCCACGCGAUUAUCUGUCUCUCUCAAGUGUUGCUCGGCACAACAGGCCAAAUAUACAUGGCUGUUCAGUCUGAGGAGCAGAAGAAGCUUGUCGCAAGCGAAUACGGCAUUCUGGAGGACCAUGUCUUCCUUUCGUCUCGCAGAGGUAACAUUUCCUCUUUGUUACAUGACAGCAGAGGGCCAGAGCAUUGCAAAGAAGUCGAUGCCGUUAUCUCAGUGGGACGCUCAGCUGGCGCUUCAGGGGAUAAUGCGCAUGUGGCUCAAGACUUAUGGUCGUGCGUGGCUCCCUUUGGCUGCAUGGUCGAUGUCUACGUUGGAAAGACGGUCGAUAGGGCCCACUCAUUCAGCCCGGCCAGCAACAAUGUGUCUCGAUCAAACACCUCCUACUUCAGCCUCGACAUGUUUGAACUAGGUGCCCAGAGACCAGACCUAUUGAGAAAUCUAGUCUCCAAGGUUGCGGGUCUAAUCGGGGCUGACAAGCUGCGUUCACUGCCAAUGGUCAAGACAGCAUCUUUGUCAGAAGUGGAAGACAUAUUCAAGCAGCUCCAAAGUUGUCAGCAGUCGGAGAAGGUCGUAGUGACGGUGGAAGCCGAUUGUAGCAUCCUCGCAACUCAGCGUACUAAUCCACCAAAGUCGAUGCUUCGCCCAGACGCGACGUACGUGCUCAUCGGCGGUGCAGGCGGCCUUGGUCGUAGCAUGGCUCGAUGGAUGGUUUCCAACGGCGCAAGGAACAUUGUUCUCGUGUCUCGGAGCGCUUCUGCCUCAGGAAAGGUGAAAGAGCUCAUGAAUGACUUAAGAGCCACGGCCGGUGCCAAUAUUCUUCUUCGCCGUUGUGAUGUGGCAGAUAAAUCAAGCGUUGAUGCCUUGUUCCAGAGUGGCAUCAGUGAUCUGCCUCCUGUGCGAGGAAUUGUUCACGGCUCUAUGGUGCUCAAGGAUGUCCUCUUCGAGAAGAUGUCUUACAGUGAUUAUGUGUCAGUCAUCGAGUCUAAGGUUCAAGGUGCAUGGAACCUCCACCAAGCCACAAGUGGAACAAAGAUGGACUUCUUCGUUGCCAUCUCGUCGACAGCCGGCGUUGUUGGCAACCGUGGCCAAGCAGCCUACGCUGCGGCCAACACUUUCCUGGACAGCUUUGUCCAGUACCGCAUCUCCCAAGGACUUCCCGCCGUCUCAUUGGACCUCACAGCUGUCGCAGAUGCGGGUUACCUGGCAGAAUCAGGCACAGGCGACAGUGAUGGAGCCGACCGAGCCGCCGAAGUUGCCAGGAACUUGGGCGCAGAAAGCACAAUGUAUGAAGCUGAGGUGCUCGCCCUAUUGAGCGCAGCCAUCGAAGGCCGCACGUCAAGUUGCAAUCAUCAAAUUGUAACGGGCGUGCGAAUUCCAGCAGAUAGGAGUAGGCAACCUUUCUGGACGACAGAUGCCAAGUUCAAGCAUCUGCGCCAGGAAGCCGAAAUACAAAUCAAACAGAAGGAAGAAGAGGAGGGAAGCUCGGCGGCUAACGGUGGCGCUGCAUCGGUGUCUUUCAACGCCAUGUUGAAGACGGCGCAGAACACGGCAGAAGCCGAGGAUGUCAUCUGCAAGGGCCUGGUGCACAAGAUCGCGGCCCUGUUGAUGCUAGAGGAGAGCGAUCUUGAUGUCACGCGCACCCUGUCGCACUACCCGCUCGACUCGCUCGUGGCCAUCGAGAUCCGCAACUUCCUGACGCGUGAGUUCGAGGCGAACUUGCAGGUGCUGGAGUUGCUGAGCAGCGGGAGCAUUCAGUUCCUCAGCAAGGCCGUGUGCUCCAAGAGUAAGCUCUGCCAGGCUCUGGCGUGA